UUUAAUUAAAAUGGCAUUUAAUUUCGUUUUGUUUCACAUUUAUUUAUUUAUUUUUAAAUUAAUUAAUUGAAUUUUUUUAAAGGCAUCAGAUCUGUUGAGGUAUGUGAAGCCAAGGAGUUAUGAUUCGGUUUUAACUUAAAAUGUCUUCGGAAGAGACAACUAAAGAAUUGUUUGUUGAAAUACACAUAGAUGAAGAUGUGGAAACAGAUGAUUAUAGUGAAAACAUUGAUUCCAAAGAAAGUUUUGAUGUGCUUCAGAAUGAAGAUGUCCAUAACAAUAGAACAAAAGCACCUGCACUAGUUUUAAUUGUGCCUGAUAAUAAUUCCAACUCAAGUGAUGAGACAGAUUCAAAUACGGAGACAGAUGAACAGAAACAGUGCCAGUUAUGCAAUGAGAAUGGUGUCGAAGAUAAUGGUUUUCAUAAUUGUAUGGAUAUCUUUGAUGAAUUGAAUAACUAUUCUUGUGAAGAAUGUGGUGAAAAUUUUGUAAGUAAAUCUGCAUUUUUAAUACAUAAAAAAGAACAUAUUCCAGAAAAAUCGUUUAUAUGUACUGUUUGUAAUAAGCAAUUUAAAUUUUAUUCAAAUUUAAAGACGCACACGUUAAUUCAUACGGAUGCCAAGCCACAUGCAUGCGACAUGUGUGGCAAGAGAUUUCGUCAAAUUAAUCACCUAGAAGCACAUCAUAGGAUUCAUAGUGGAGAGAAACCAUUUAUUUGUAAUAUUUGUAACAAGACUUUUGUUCACCUACCUUCCUUGCGUAAACACUUAUUGACUCAUAGUGACAAUGGGACCAUUUUAAAAUCCGAGGAACGACCCUAUAUGUGUGAAACUUGUGGUAAACGAUUCAAGAGUAAAGGUGCUCUAAAAGAACAUAACAUAAUACAUACGGGUGAAAGACCAUUUGUUUGUGAAAUAUGUGGUAAAAGGUUCCAGAAUAAUUGUAACCUUAAAACACAUGUGAGAAUACACACGGGUGAAAAACCAUAUGAAUGUCAUUUGUGCCAGAAGAAAUUUUCUCAAGGAACACAUUUAAAGAUACAUAUGAGGGUCCACACUGGAGAGAAACCAUUUCUAUGUCAUUAUUGUGGGAAAAGGUUUAGUCUGCGUUGUAACUUAAAAGACCACAUUGGAAUCCACACUGGGAUCAAGUCAAGGGUGCGCAACAGGCAUGCGAAACUGAACUCCAACAGAAUUGAAUCACAAUACAUUCUAGAUUCCAAAGAAAGUUUUGAUGUGCUUCAGAAUGAAGAUGUCCAUAACAAUAGAACAAAAGCACCUGCACUAGUUUUAAUUGUGCCUGAUAAUAAUUCCAACUCAAGUGAUGAGACAGAUUCAAAUACGGAGACAGAUGAACAGAAACAGUGCCAGUUAUGCAAUGAGAAUGGUGUCGAAGAUAAUGGUUUUCAUAAUUGUAUGGAUAUCUUUGAUGAAUUGAAUAACUAUUCUUGUGAAGAAUGUGGUGAAAAUUUUGUAAGUAAAUCUGCAUUUUUAAUACAUAAAAAAGAACAUAUUCCAGAAAAAUCGUUUAUAUGUACUGUUUGUAAUAAGCAAUUUAAAUUUUAUUCAAAUUUAAAGACGCACACGUUAAUUCAUACGGAUGCCAAGCCACAUGCAUGCGACAUGUGUGGCAAGAGAUUUCGUCAAAUUAAUCACCUAGAAGCACAUCAUAGGAUUCAUAGUGGAGAGAAACCAUUUAUUUGUAAUAUUUGUAACAAGACUUUUGUUCACCUACCUUCCUUGCGUAAACACUUAUUGACUCAUAGUGACAAUGGGACCAUUUUAAAAUCCGAGGAACGACCCUAUAUGUGUGAAACUUGUGGUAAACGAUUCAAGAGUAAAGGUGCUCUAAAAGAACAUAACAUAAUACAUACGGGUGAAAGACCAUUUGUUUGUGAAAUAUGUGGUAAAAGGUUCCAGAAUAAUUGUAACCUUAAAACACAUGUGAGAAUACACACGGGUGAAAAACCAUAUGAAUGUCAUUUGUGCCAGAAGAAAUUUUCUCAAGGAACACAUUUAAAGAUACAUAUGAGGGUCCACACUGGAGAGAAACCAUUUCUAUGUCAUUAUUGUGGGAAAAGGUUUAGUCUGCGUUGUAACUUAAAAGACCACAUUGGAAUCCACACUGGGAUCAAGUCAAGGGUGCGCAACAGGCAUGCGAAACUGAACUCCAACAGAAUUGAAUCACAAUGUUAAUAAUUUAUAUUAAAUGAAUUUUCUAACAAAAUUUUGAAUGGAAUCUUGACUAAUGAACUUGUUUCAAUGGUUAUGAUAUUAUUUAUAUCUUUGAUUGAUUUCUUCAUGAAGAGUUAUUCUGUACACAGCCAAACAUCACUGCCUUGCCUAUCAUCAAGAUGGAUCUAGUUAGACUCAGAGUAGUGUCUGUGCUGAAGGAUGAGACUUACGUAUCUAGAUCAAAGCAUCUGCAAAAUAUGCUCCAAUACAGGUUUCAAUUUGGGUCUUCCACCUUUACUGCCUCCACUACCUAGCCACCUAAAAGAAAAUACAAUUAUUUCUGCAAUUGAUAUGUCAUCAGAAUGUUUCCGAGAGAUUGCAGUUUGGCAAAGGAAAUUUAAGAAUCAUGGCGUCAUUGCAGGAAGUGAAAAGAUAUAAACUUACUCAGAACAAACAAAAAAACUUUUUAUACAAUUUUAUGGAAAAUAUUUAUAUUUAUAACUGAAAUAACAACUCAAUCUUUCUUUUGAAAUGCUGCUCCGGUUGAG